AUGGCCGGCCUUUUGAAUCCCAAAAAGCUAGAUCCCGGGAAAAUCAAUGAAUGCACUUUCAUCGUCGUUGUUCUUCUGGCAUUUCCUUGUGUCUCCGUUCUGCACAUGACAGUCGUAGCCUUGGAAAGAUAUGUAACCAUCAUGUACCCUCUUCGGCACUUCGUUAUUCUCUCCCGCCGCAAUCUCGUACUUGCGGUCGUCCUUUGUUGGGUAUCACCUCUUCUGGGAUUUAGCAUUGCAGGAACAGUUUGGCACAAAAUCGAGAGAAACACGGAGAACUCUACCAAUUUUGUCUGUUCUUUGGAUCUCGUUACGCCUUGUUCUGUUCUGUAUUUCCUAUCAGCCGGCGUGGUCGUGUUUUACGGCUUAGCCGUCGUCUUAUACGUGAGGAUUUUCCGUGUUGCCAUAAAACAGGUGCGGCGUGUGGCAAGCCAGACGAUGACGACAACGUCCGAAAAUGGUCAUCGGGCUAAGAUAAUACGGAGUCAGGUUAAGGUGGCGUUUCUGAUGUUCAUGACGGCAGGUGUCUUCACCAUCUCUUAUCUACCCCUGAGUAUCAGCCUAUCAACGCUGUGCACCGAUACUGGUGAACUGCGAGAUUACAAAAUCUUCAAGGUGUUUAGCUUCUUGGCCUUUCUGAAUUCUGGUCUCAAUCCGUUGAUCUACGGUCUGGGCAACAGACCCAUUCGACAAGGCUUUGUUACCUGUUGCUCAGAUUGGAAACGACGAACUUUCUCCAGAACAAGGAGAGUUUAG